AUGCGGAGAAUCACAGUUUCCUUGCUCACCUUAGCCCUCGUCGCGGCGGCGAGGCUCGAUGGCAUGGAUGGAGGUGCGACAAGCGCAGUGGUAGUAUCUGCCUCGACUACCGACUGUACCACCAGCUUGAUCACACCUUCCCCACAAGCAGCGAGCGUUACUGGAGCUAGUGCCGCAAUCACAGCUCCGCCCGUUGUUACAGGAAGCCCUAGUAAAGUUACUGGCACUGCUGCAUCAACUUCCAGCGCGCUAGCAACGUCUACUGCUUCCGCCACUAUCCCAGUGUCUCAUCAUAAAUCUUACGUCGGCUGCAUCCAAGACGUCGCCGCCCCCGGUCUCCAUGCUCUCGAUGGGUUCGCGAAAAAGUCCGCCAAGCUGACUAUCAAGAAGUGCAUUGCUUCUUGCAAAGCAUUUGAGUAUGCUGGGAUCAAAGGAGGGGAUACUUGUAUUUGUGGCAACAAGUUUGUCAAUGGUGCUACCGGCGCCCUCCUCGAUGAAAGAAAAUGCCACAUAAAGUGCUCAGGAGCCAAAGGCCAUGGACAUGGCAAAUGCGGAGGACACAAAACCAUCUCCCUUUACGCUUUGGAUCUUCCCGAGGAUGAUGAGCCAAAGGCACCUGCACCUGCACCUGUCUUGGCCGCUGUAAUACCGGCCGCUGCUCCAUCGGCGGCUGCGCCCUCGUCAGCUGCAGUCUCCUCAGUGGCGCCAUCAUCGGCGGCGCCCUCGUCAGCUGCAGUCUCCUCAGUGGCACCAUCAUCGGCUGCGCCCUCCUCAGUUGCGCCGUCGUCAGUUGCACCCUCUUCAGUAGCGGUGUCCUCCGCUGCGCCGUCAUCGACUGUGGUGGCUUCAGUGGCACCUUCUUCGGCCGUGCCUUCGUCAGCUGCAGUGUCCUCCGUCACCCCUUCGUCGGUAGCGGUUGCUUCGGUGGCCCCUUCAGUUGCGGUGUCCCCUGCUCCCACGUCGGUUACUCCCAAAUCUGUCGUGACCUCGUUGGCAGUACCAUCUACGUCUAGCGCCUCCAAGAAAGUGAAAUAUAUCACCGUGACAAACGUUGAAACGAUUUCGGCAGCACCCGUUGCAUCUUCCGCCGCGCCGACUCCGACUCCUGCAGCAUCUAGCGUGACCAGUGCCUCUUCUGAUGCAGAUGAUGUCCCAGUCCUGUCGUUCAGUGCUUCCACCACAGCGACACCAACUACCGCAUCCGAUGCAGAUGAUGUCCCGGUGCUCUCGUACUCUGCCUCGGUAUCUGCAACGCCAUCUGACUCCGGCGCAGACGAUGUACCAGUCCUCUCUUACACCGCUGUCCCUUCCAAGACCGCCAGCUCAGACGCCGAUGACGUGCCAGUCCUUUCGUACACGGCCAAGCCUACGCCCACCGUCAGCACUGAUGCGGACGACGUGCCAGUCCUCUCUUACACGGCCAAGCCCUCGACCACUGCCAAGCCCUCGACCACUGCCGGCACCGACGCGGAUGAUGUACCAGUCCUUUCCUACACGCCUCCGGCACCUUCUACCACGGCCAAGCCUACCAAUUCCGAUGCGGACGACGUACCGGUACUCUCCUACACACCUGCCCCUACUACCACGGCCAGCUCCGAUGCAGACGACGUUCCAGUCCUUUCUUACACACCUCCUGCCACCAGCGUCAAGGCUUCAGCCACAGUCAGCUCCGAUGCAGAUGACGUACCAGUCCUUUCCUACACGCCUCCUGCUCCUACGAGCAUCAGCGUCAAGGCUUCCACCACAGCCUCUGACGCAGAUGAUGUACCGGUCCUUUCCUAUACGCCCCCUGCUGCUUCCACUACGGCCAAGCCUUCCACUACCGUUAACCCCAAUGCUGACGAUGUGCCAGUGCUCUCCUACACGUCUGCGCCUGCUACUACCACCGACAGUGGGGCUGACGAUGUUCCAGUACUUUCUUACUCGGCCCCCACCGCUGCGUCGACUACUGUAGAAGUGAAGGCAGCACCCAAGUCUAAGGCGGCACCCAAACCCAAGGCGACCCCCAAAGCUAAGGCAGCUCCCAAGGUCAAGGCAACUCCUCAGGUCAAGGCGAGCAUUCCCAAGGGUACCACCACUUCAGCAGCCCCAUCUGCAACUCCAGAGGCCGCAGACGAUGACGACGACGAAUACGAGACGUUCCGCCACGAUGCUGGAUGGUCUGGUAAAGGAUUUGACCACUGGGAGUAUCAUGAAGGCUACGGAGAUGACGACCACGAAGACGAGUAUUGGCACCCUGGCCAGAAACAUCACGGUCAUAAGCACGGUCCGCACAAGCAUCACCAUCAUCACCACGACGGUUACAAGAAAGGACCUUGGGCCAAGGCUAGCCACCAUAAAAAUCCUCAUCACCACAAGGACAAGGAAGCCCCGGCUGUCGUCACCGUCACCCAAGACGAGACCCAGGCCUCUCCUUUCCACAAGCACCACUACGUUGGGUGCGUUGCCGAAGGCCGUGUUGGCAAUCGCCGCGCGCUCACUGGACCGAGCUUCAAACGCAAGGAUAUGACCGGAAAACUCUGCCAAUCUCUCUGCAACGGGUAUAAAUUCGCCGGCACUGAAUUCAGAUAUGAAUGUUAUUGCGGAAAUUCACUCUUGAACCACGGGGCUACGGGCGAGGUCAUCGACGCCAAGCACUGCAACCGUAAGUGUGGCGGCAAGAGCGAUGAGUUCUGCGGCGGGCCUUGGGCCUUGUCCGUCUACAAGGUUUAA